AUGCGACUCGACAUCAUGAAGCCGUUGGGACUGGGGUCCUUUUGCGCUUCAAUUUUCCAGUUCCUUUGCAGUGAUCAGAACCAGAUCACUCAUCAUCCGGUGCUACCUCCAUCAUAUCCACUGGCGGUCCGCAACCCAUACCUCUCGACAUGGAUGCCAAGCGACCGGGUAGAGCAACUGCCCUAUGCAACUUCGCAAUUUUGGGCCGGCCAAGAGCUCGGGUGGUCGGUGCUGGUCCGCGUGGAUGGGCAAGUGUAUAGCUUGAUGGGAGUACCGGAAUUGAAAGUCCACCAAAUUCGCCCAGCUAUUGUGCGCCGUGCUGAGUUCACCUCAACCCAUUCAAUCUUUGACUUGACAGCCGGCUCGGUGGGAUUUACUUUAGACUUCUUUUCCCCAGUCUCGCCCUCGAACUAUCUGCGCCAGUCGCUCCCUUUCAGUUAUUUGACAGUAAAAGUCAGCCAUUCAUGGGGACAUGACAUUCAGAUCUACUCGGACAUUGAUGGAAGAUGGACUGGCCAACAAGAUCGCUCAACUCACAACUUUGAAAAGCAUGAUGAAGUAGCCUUUCAUAGUCUUUCGGUUGAAGAUGCUGCACAGUACGCGGAAGCUAGCGACAUGGCACUCUGGGGCCAAGCUAUCCUUGCUUCACGUUCAACAGAUGAAAGUGAUCUCUCUGCGCUCUCUGGUGACCCACGAGUCGUCCGCGCGCAGUUUGUAGCUCAUGGCGAUUUGUCACAAGAAGAUUCUAUUUGGUCCUCAAAGAGCGUCAUUGCUUUGGCUCAUGAUCUGGGAUAUGUUAUCGGAGAUGCUUCGGUAAACUUCGCUGUUGGCUACGAACGAAAAGAGGCCAUCAACUACCUGGGUGAACCGUACACGGGUUUCUACCGGGCUGAGUAUCCAACCACCCAUGAAGCACUCGCAUUCUUUUUCGAUGAUUACAAGGAUGCUUUGCUGGAAUCCUUGGAACUAGAUGAGGAACUCUCUGCAUUUUCAACCGCUGCUGCCGGUCCAAAGUAUGCAGAUAUCGUGGCCUUGUCCACCCGUCAGGCAUAUGGAGGUAUUGACUUGACAAUUCCAAAUGAUUCCCUAGACACCGAUGGGGUUUUGGCAUUCAUCAAGGAGCUUUCAAGCGAUGGCAAUGUCAAUACCAUCGAUGUCAUCAUGCCGGCUUUUCCCAUUUACUGGGUCCUCGAUCCUGAUUGGAUUCGUCUAUUGCUGGAGCCGAUAAUGCAAUACCUGGAUGCUGGCCGUUGGAAGCUCCCAUACACCAUCCACGACCUUGGGUCUCACUACCCACACGCGGUUGGGCAUGACGACCAACACGCAGAGCCCAUGCCCAUUGAAGAGUGCGGGAAUUUGCUUGUUUUAGCCCUCGCUUAUGCUCGUGCGACUGGAGAUAAAAGCUGGACCGAUCAAUAUAUGGAUAUCUUCCAGAAAUAUGCAGAUUACCUGGUUGACAACAGUAUCGACAUUGCCAAUCAGCUGUCCUCAAAUGAUGCUGCCGGUCCUCUUCCCAAUGAAACUAAUCUCGCUAUCAAGGCUGCCAUUGGAAUCAAGGCAUUUGGAGAGCUGAGUGGAAGAACUCAUUACUCUCAAAUUGGCGAUGAGCAUGCCGACCUAUUCUAUGCGCAAGGGUUGGGGACCGAUGAUGAGCAAACGCAUUUUAUGUUGGAAUACCCCGAUUUCCCCAAUACAUGGAAGAUUCCAUAUAAUCUUUACCCAGACGUGCUGCUAGGGCUGGACGUUUUCCCUAUGGAAGCGUAUCUCAUGAGCAGCAAGUUCUUCUCUUCUGUUAGAGGUGAGUACGGUGUGGCACUAGAUAACCGACAGGAUUGGGCCAAGUCAGACUGGAACAUGUGGCUGGCUGGCACUUUUGAGAAAGACACACGGGACGAGUUCGUUGAUGAUCUAUGGGCAUUCAUGACAAAUGGCAAACAUAACUGGCCGUUUUCCGAUCGCUAUGUUUCCACCUCCUCCAAAGGAAAUGAGCCUGGCGUGCCAGUGCUAUGCCGUGCACGUCCCACCGUGGGGGGUCACUUUGCACUUUUGGCAUUGAAGGGACCCCAGUCGAUCCAGUCUUUGUCAAAGCACAAGUCUCGCAGGCCCUCGAACAAGUAUGAUAGAUUCUCAGACCCUGGUGGCGACCUGUGA